AUGUCGUCUCCUCUUACAAUGAUGAACAAUGGAUGGAACGAGGAGCCAGACUUGGAUGCGGAGCUGGAGAUGGAGGCAGAGAUGUAUGCCGGGCCAGAACCUCCAACCCAGUGGGAUGCCUACCAUCAACAAGAAGCAACUUUAACCCAGACCAAAGCUGCAGAACCAUCUGACUCUGUCCCUCUUGCAAGUCUGCUGGGUGAUGAUGGAAGGAAGGAUGCUGAUAGGAGGAAUGGGCCAAAUUCUGAGAAUGUGGAGGAGAGCCAAGUAUUUGACUCCUUUCCCCUGGAGCAGUUGACUGGACCUCGAAAGAGGGAUUUCCAAGAUGUCCUGCAUCUUUCCGACUUGGAUUUCAGUGUUUCACAGCCUGCUAAGAGGCCUAAAAUGGGGUGUGAAAAGGCACAGAGUGACCAAGUGGAAGAUGAGUAUGCAGAGGUGAUUGCCAAGAUCCGUGCCCAGCGGAGUGCCGGCGGGAAGCAAGAAUUCUUCACCUCACGGCUUCCAGGAGUACGGAAGGAGCGGGAGGCCAUGAUUUUCCGUCACGUGCCUCAGUGUCCGUUUGUGAGCGUGACGGCUGCAGAUGGGACUCGGGUCUACCUUCGACUGAGAAACGAUGAGCCCCAUGAACUGGUGGAGGUGAAGCCACAGCAUCGAACCAAUCUCCUUGGAACUCCCUUUAUUGUCCUUCAGCAGCAGGCCGAACAAGAGGUGAUUGGAGUGCUAUCACAAACUGUAGUUUUGGGACUGUCUUCACAGCAGUAUGGAGCAUUUGUGGUAGAGAUGGUCCACGUGCUGCAGCUCUCCUUGCCGUACCAUGCUGGGUCUGUACUUUUUUAG